AAAUUAUUAUGACUGACCUAGAGACGCCGAAAAAUUUACUCAAGCCCAUUCUAAUCCUGAGGGAUGCUGGCUCUAGCGGGGACGGGAUGUCGACCAAGAAGCCAAAGAAGCACGUCACUUUCAAGCGCGUCGUUGAGUACUACACCUACUCAGAUAACAUGAAGAUGCAGCUGGAAAAGACGAGCUUGCUCCCGGACGAGAACUUGCAACUGAGUGGGGUGGAGAUACCAAAGCGGCGCCUCAGCGAGGGCAAUUUAUAACUUCUCCCAGGGCCAUUUACGACACUCGGAAAAUCAAACAGAAAGAAGCGGAUGCGGAUGCGGAAACGGUAACGGAUGUUGGAAAUUGGCGACGUGACACUUUUAACCUAAUUGGAAAACAAACGUGUCUCUGUGCCCCAUAUUUUGCACUUUAUUAUGGACAGGCCAGGGUAUAGCGAUACACACAAUAUUCUAUAUAUUUCAUCUAAAAUGGCUCAAAUAUAUUUGUACUUAAAGCCGCUAUUCGGCAUU